CUGCGUUCUGUGAGCUGGGAGAGCGAUGGGAAAGCAGCUAAUGUCCAGACAGAAAACAUCAAACGUCAGGUCAAACAGAAAGUGCUGUCCCUGCCUCCCACAGACCGUGAGGCUGAACCGUGUUGCAGACGCUCGGAUUCUGGCUGACUCCAACAGGAAAUGUUGUCACAUUGCACCGAUUGAGAAAUCUUUCAGGACCGUGUUGUGAAUGAAGGAAGCGGCUGCAGUUCAAACCUUCAGCUGAUGACUCAGUCAGGUGGCCCGUGUGCGUUCAGGAAGCUCCGAGCCGCCCGUUCCCUGGUUUUGCAGACGGUUGGCCUGCCAGCACAAACUCAUGAAGCUCGGCUCGGCUUCAGCGAACGGCACAAGAUCGAGAAGCUCGGAUUGGAGACGGAUCGAAGCUGCAGAACAAGUUGGUGAGAUGUCGGACUCGAAGCCUUGUGUGUGCCUGGAUGGCUCCUGCACCUGUGCAAACACCUGCAGAUGCUCCGACUGUCAAUGUGCUGUCAGCGGAGCUGGACGCUGCCAGAAAUGUCGCUGUCCUGCAGCAUGCGCCAAAUGUGCCAAUGGCUGUGUGUGUAAAGGGAAAACCUCUGACAAAUGUAACUGCUGUUCGUGAACAACAC